CAUCAAUGCGAUGCCUUCUCAAUGGGCUCAAUACACAAUUGCAAAACAAGGUUGAGCUGAUGUACAAGAUGAGUUGUAUUUCCGCAUGAGUUUCAGUCACACAAUGCUGAUAUCGGAUGCUGAGGACACCUACAGGAAGAACAUUUGUUUGCCUCUGUGAAAUCAGAAUCAGAUAAUCAACUAUUAAUCACACCACAGGACGUCAUUGGAUUCUUUUGUUGUGUUCCAUUACGUGCUUGUUGGGGGCAAUCAAUUUGCAUACUUGAAUCGCCCAGGUUUCGGUUCACGCUGUUGGGCGCUGCGACGACUCUCACUCCCUCAAGUCGUCGUCGUAAGGUUACUGCACUGUAAAUGAUGGACCAGAUAAACCAGUGUUUGAUACAAUGAACACCGAUACCCAGACGUAGAUACUGUGACAUAGGUCUGAAAGCUGAUAUCCCUAGGGAGGACAAGCCAUUCAACAAGUUACUGCUUUGCGACGUCACGAUCCUGAUAAACCGGAUCUGUCAGUAACGGAGUAUAAUAGCUUCACAAGCAGCGGUUCGUGUGCACACACAGCUGAUGAACAGAUACACCACUGUCAGUACCUACUGAUCAAGGAAGUAUCACGCCACGUAGAAGUUCUUCUGCUGAAAACGUUUAUCAAAGUCUACUCUGACAGUUUAGAAAUCAGUAACUACAGACAACUCGUGUAGAGAAGAAUAAGGCAGUGGCUGUAAGUGUGCCAGUUUCGUCUUAAUGUUGAAAGGAUCACAACAGAUUUGUUUCGGUGAUCACGAUAUUUUGGAGACUGGGACACUUCUACUGAAAACGUUUAUCAGAGUCUAUUCUGACAAUUUGGAAGUCGGCCACAACAGACAACUUGUGACAUGCACUUGUGAGAAUACGUCAGGGAUUGUUCGCCUACUUAACCUUACAAGGAUCAGUUGUGUUACCUUUCCAUGUGUAGUCUUGUCUGAUCAGCAAUAUAAGAAACAUAUUUGAAAGAGGCAAUACGUCUUGAGAUCAACAUGUCGGUACAACUCAUCGACCACGUGAAGGAGGAGACGGUCCAUGUUAAAAGUGACCAGUUCAAGUCUGGACGGUUUCUUCAAGUCACAGAUGACCUGAAGUUAUGUGUCAGGGGUCAAGUAAGCGACUCAAGUAAUGUGUUGGCGUUUAGUAAAUUUUCUGCAAAAUCCGAGGACUGUACUGACGGUCAGUGUGUGGAUUGUCUUGUAUCCAUUCAGUUUGACCACCAUGGAGCUCACUACGUAGUAUGCCCCCAUAGGAAGGAGGCGACAAGGGAGACAACCCUGCAGCUUAGGGUUAAGAAGGUGAAGCUUGAGGACACACUUGACAGAAAGGCUGAGAGAGUUGACAAGAUGUGUCUCAUUUACUGGUUCAAACUCAAAUCUACGGGAUCUGGGACUUGGGUAUGUGAAUCCCUGGCUUUUAAAGAUUUUUACAUUUCCAUUGAGGGGGAAAAUGUGCUAUUGAGAAAGCAUACACACGGUAUACCCCAAGAGGAAAAUUUUCAGAUUGGUAUAUAUCCAAUUGCAGAGACUUAUCAUUUAAGAGUAACGACCGAGGAACGCCGAGUGAUGGUCAAUGGGCAAACGCUGAGUAUUGCCAUCAUCCAUAAAGACGAUCACGUUUUGACUUCAGGAGCGGAUAUCAUCAGCGAAAGAGGCGAUGUUCAGUUUACGGAUUUACAUGUCACUGAAAUAAAACCUGAUGAAGAGUAUGAGGGAAAAUGCGUCCUGGAGAAAUCGAGACACGACACCUUUAAUACAGAGCAAAAUGUCUCAGCUGACAAAUCGUCUGAAACCAUGUUUGAUUCUUCAGAAAUGUCGUCUGCAACCACUGAUGCGUCGUCAUCCGUAGAAUCUGUGUGUGUAGGGGCUAAACCGUCAUCAGUCGCUGACGGGUCGUCUGUUACGCGUGGAAAAUCGACUUCUUCUGAAGAAGCGUCAUCUUCAAUAAAGGCAAUUAAUACCCGAGGUACACUAUUGUCAUUCACUGAAGAACAUUCGUCUGGCGUUGGCAAACUGUCAGCUUCUGGGCGUGACCUGUCGUCUGCUUCCCCACCAACGACACCGGAAGAGGCGAUAACUGAAAGAAUAAUGUCGUCUGUGACGGAGGUCGACAUUAAGGUUAAUGAUCAAGAUCUUGACCGUAUCACGAAUUCGCAGAAAUCUGCGCCCUCAGCACAUGUCAUUACUAGGGAGGUUCUGAAAGAUGGUGACGGUUCAGGAGAGCUCAUCAAAGAAUCCGGAAAGAUAUCAGCCAAGAAGGAAAAGAAACGAAAGAGAUGUUUCGCUUUGUCAAGAAUAUUUUCUUGUGUGUCAUCUCGCUCUGCCGACUGAAUCUGGAACAUGAUGUGUUCAGAAUGCUGCUGACAGUAUCACUGAGAUUGAAGAUGCGUUAUGUGUUCAGAAUAUUGCUGACAGUAUCACAGAGACUGAAGAUGCCUUAUGUGUUCAUGAAUAUUGCUGACAGUAUCACUGAGACUGAA